UGUUACCACCUGCCCUGUGCCCGAGGAACCGGUAAUCGAGCUGCAACCACCCCUUCGGCCCUUCCGAGACCCGCUACUUGCUCAUUUUUCCUCACGUGAGACCUAAAAACUCCGAUGGAAAACUUUCAAGGGAACCAAAGAAAGAAUCGAUAUUUACACUAACAGUUGGAGGAAGAGGUGGUGCGGGACGAUCAGCCGAGAACUACUUAUUCCUGCUGUUGCUGCUUGCUGUAGCGGCCAAACAAAAGGAUCAAUAACACGUCUAUAACACUCGACUCGUCGUUAUUGAAGGAGCUGUUUCGACUAGUAGAUAAUUGAUAAUGGAAAAGACGGAGGGUCAACCCAAGGGGGUGAAAAAGAAGAGUAGCAAACUAUUAACUUCGAGCAUAGAGGUAACCCCACAGUGCGUCCAGGUCGUGGUGAGAUGUCGGCCCAUGGACGACAAGGAAAUCGCAAGAAACUGCACCAGAGUCGUCGAGAUGUUCCCAUCGAGAGGAGCCGUGGAAAUUCGCAAUCCACGUGACGAUCCCAGCAAGAACAGUGUCAAGGUGUUUUCGUUUGACUCUGUAUACGACUGGACCUCCACUCAGCAAGAGAUCUACGAAGAAACUGUCCGACCACUGGUUAUUUCUGUGCUGGAUGGCUUCAAUGGUACCAUAUUUGCCUACGGACAAACGGGAACGGGAAAGACCUACACCAUGGAGGGCUCAAAGGCUGACGUGGACAACCGAGGCGUCAUUCCUAGGUCCUUUGACCAAAUCUUCACUCACAUUGGUAGAUCUCAAAACAUUCAGUACCUCGUGAGAGCCAGCUAUCUGGAGAUCUACCAGGAAGAAAUCCGUGAUCUGUUGAGCCCGGAUCAGAGUUUGCGUUUCGAGUUGAAGGAAAAGCCGGACACGGGAAUUUUCGUCAAAGACCUGUCGAGUGCCGUUUGCAAGAAUGCUAAUGAAAUUCAGCAGCUGAUGAAAACGGGCAAUCAGAAUCGGACGAUAGGUGCGACCAAUAUGAACGAGCACAGCUCACGAUCCCACGCGAUUUUCAUAAUAACCAUAGAAAUGGGCGACAGUUACGGGAUAAGAGUCGGAAGGCUGAACUUGGUUGACUUGGCGGGCAGCGAAAGGCAAAGCAAAACUGGAGCGUCCGGGGAAAGGCUGAAGGAAGCCAGCAAAAUCAAUCUAAGUCUGUCGGCUCUUGGCAAUGUUAUCUCAGCACUGGUAGACGGCAAAACUUCGCACAUACCCUACAGGGACUCAAAACUGACGAGAUUGCUGCAGGACUCGCUGGGUGGUAAUUCCAAGACAGUAAUGAUUGCAAACAUAGGGCCUGCUAGCUACAACUACGAUGAAACUCUCACGACUCUCAGAUACGCUAAUCGUGCCAAGAACAUAAAAAACAAGCCUAAAAUCAAUGAGGAUCCCAAAGAUGCCCUGCUCAGGCAGUAUCAGGAAGAAAUCGAGAGGCUCAAGUUGCAGUUGGCCCAGAAGUCAGGCAUGACGCAGCAAAAGAAACCAACAACCGACGGGGAAGAGGCACCAGGAGAAGAAGCAGCCGCAGCUUCCACUGCAGAACAGGAGCAGCCGAACGAUGAGGUCGAGGCGCAGGAGCCACAGAUGACGGAGGAGGAGAAGACGAGGAUAGCGGAACAACUAAAAGUCGAGAAGCAAGAGGCCGAGGAGCUCGAGCGGAAGAUCAAAGACUUGGAGAGCAAAAUGCUGUGCGGGGACAAGAACAUAGUCGACCACACGAACGAGCAACAGCGAGCUCUGGAGCAACGUGCCAUCGAGAUAGCCGAGCGCAAGAAGCGCGAGAUCGAGAUGCAACAAAAGUUAGAGGAAGAGGAACUGAGUGCCUUAAACGUCCGCGAGACCUACGCCACUCUGCAGCAGGAGGUAGACGUGAAGUCGAGGAAGCUCAGGAAGUAUUAUUCGAAGCUGCAGGUGCUCAAGCAGGACCUGGACGACGUGACCGGUGAGUACAACCGGGACAGGCGGGACCUUGAGCAGACCCAGCACGAACUUAUGAAGGAGCUGAAGUUGCGCUACCUCAUAAUCGACAACUUCAUCCCCGUCGAAGAGAAGCACAAGAUUCUGUCGCGCGUCAAGUUCGACGAAGAGGAGGACUGCUGGAUGCUCAAGGAGUCGAGUGCUUCGACCAUCGAGACCAUCAGACGGCCCGUCUCGGUGCCGGGGCUCCGGAGGCCAACUUCCGAGUACGCGCGCACAGCUUUGGCCAUGGGCAAGGGGCCCCGCUUCGCUGGGGAGAACAUCCUCAACCUGGAGCUCGACAUGCCGGCCCGGACGACUUUGGACUACCAGUCGCCGGUCAUAGCGCCGACCAUACAAGCCGUCCUCGAGAAGGCGCUCUGCGAUGAGGGCGACAUCGACGUCGACGCCUCGGGGGCGAGCUUCAAGUCCAGGCAGCGUAUGCAGUCCGCCCGGGCACGGCCCAAAAGCGUCGUCGAGCGCAAGAGUCCGCAGAUGCCCCCGCCGGUCUACCCGAAAACCAGGGGCCUCGUUCCAAAGUAGUGUCUUGCGAUGCUUCGACGCUACUUACGCUGCCGCGGGUGACGG